AUGGCCGGUGGGCCGGGGCCGGGGGACCCCGCGGCCCCUGGCGCCCAGCACUUCUUGUACGAGGUGCCGCCCUGGGUCAUGUGCCGCUUCUACAAAGUGAUGGACGCCCUGGAGCCCGCCGACUGGUGCCAGUUCGCCGCCCUUAUCGUGCGCGACCAGACGGAGCUGCGGCUGUGCGAGCGCUCCGGACAGCGCACGGCCAGCGUCCUGUGGCCCUGGAUCAACCGCAACGCCCGCGUGGCCGACCUCGUGAGCAUCCUCACGCACCUGCAGUUGCUCCGCGCUCGGGACAUCAUCACGGCCUGGCACCCUCCUGCCCCUCGCCUGCCCCCCAGCACCCCGAGGCCCAGCAGCCCCCAUACGCCCUGUGAGGCCGAGGUCCCCCGCCCCCGGACGUUGCCGACGUCAGCCUCCACAGUCCCCUCCCCAGCUUUUCCAGGCUCCCAGACCCAUUCUGGGGCUGAGCUCGGUCCUGUCCCAAGCCCUGCCUCCCGCCAGCAACCACCACCACCAUACCCAGCCCCUUCCUCCACCAAGCCUAACCUGGAGAGCCCAGUGUCCCCCCUGCAGGGAGCCCAGGCCUCUCCGUUUUGCUGGCCCCUCAAUGAGAUCUCCCAGGGCACCCACAACUUCUCAGAGGAGCUGAAGAUCGGAGAGGGCGGCUUCGGGUGUGUGUACCGGGCGGUGAUGAGGAACACGCUGUACGCGGUGAAGAGGCUAAAGGAGGGGGCAGACCUGGAGUGGAUCACAGUGAAGCAGAGCUUCCUGACGGAAGUAGAGCAGCUAUCCCGGUUCCGUCACCCCAACAUCGUGGACUUUGCUGGUUACUGUGCUCAGAGCGGCUUCUACUGCCUCGUCUAUGGCUUCUUGCCCAAUGGCUCCCUGGAAGACCGCCUCCACUUUCAGACCCAUGCCUGCCCCCCACUCUCCUGGCCUCAGCGACUGGACAUCCUUCUGGGCACAGCUCGCGCCAUUCAGUUCUUACAUCAGGACAGCCCCAGUCUCAUCCACGGGGACAUCAAGAGUUCCAACGUCCUCCUGGAUGAGAGACUGAUGCCCAAACUGGGAGACUUCGGCCUGGCCCGCCUCAGCCGUUUUGCGGGGGCCAGUCCCGGCCAGAGCAGCACAGUGGCCCGGACGCAGACCGUGCGUGGCACCCUGGCUUACCUGCCGGAGGACUAUGUCAAGACGGGGAGGCUGGCCGUGGACACAGAUACCUUCAGCUUUGGCGUGGUAGUGCUGGAGACCCUGGCUGGCCAGAGGGCCAUGAGGACGCAUGGUGCCCAGACCAAGUACCUGAAGGACCUCGUUGAAGAAGAGGCUGAGGAGGCCGGGGUGACUAUGAAAAGCACCCGGACCACACUGCAAGCGGGUCUGGCCACAGAUGCCUGGGCUGCCCCCAUUGCCGCCCAGAUCUGUAAGAAGCACCUGGACCCCAGGCCUGGCCCAUGCCCGCCCGAGCUGGGGCUGGCCCUGGGCCAGCUGGCUUGCUGCUGCCUGCACCGCCGGGCCAAGAGGAGACCCCCCAUGACCCAGGUGUAUGAGAGUCUAGAGAAGCUGCAGGCGGCCGUGGCAGGACCCGUCCCGGAGCCCGAUUCUGCUGGCCUCGGCCCCUCUUCCCCACAGGAGAACUCCUACAUUUCCCAGCCCAGCAGUGCCCCGUGUGGUGCCAGCCCCCCGGAGCCCCAGGCGCUCCCCUCGGGAGCACCAGCCCAGGCCCCAGAGUGGCUCCAGAAGGGCCCCAACCAGCCCGUGGAGAGUGACGAGAGUGUGUCUGGCCUGUCUGCCGCCUUGCAUUCCUGGCGCCUGAGCCCGAGCUGCCCCCCAGACCCGGCCUGGCCAGGCAGCACGGGGCAAGGGGCCACAGCAUGGGCCCCAGCACCCCUGGGGAAGGCCGGCUGGACUCAAGGGGGCACCACCCAGGAGUCGAGCUGGGGGAGUGGCCCGGGGCCGCAGCUGACAGCUAUGGAAGGAUCGAUGCUGAGCAGCUCGGUGGUCUCUCAGCCACCACAGAUCAUCAUCAACCCGGCCCGACAGAAGAUGGUGCGGAAGCUGGCCUUGUACGAGGAUGGGGUCCUGGACAGCCUGCAGCUGCUGUCAUCCGGCUCCCUCCCAGGCUCAGGUGUGGGACCCCAAGACAGGCUGGGGCCCGAGGAGAGUGAUGAGUUUCAGAGUUGAUCUGUUCACCCAGCGGAUAACCCAAACCUGGAAGUCGAAGUUCUCAUAGUCGGAAGUUCUCAUGCUCUCGAGUCCACAGCAGCCCGCGGGUGGGGCUCGGUGGGGCUUCCUCGGGCGGAGAGCUGCUCCAGGGCGGGGUGCCCGGGCCAGCUCUGAGCCACCCCUGCCCGCUGCUAGAGGACUGCCUUCAGGUGUUCGGGGGCCAGGAGGGGUGCAGGGGGGCACAAGAGGAAUGCCUGUGCCCGGGCUGCUGGCUUCUCAGGCCCAGGAGGAGCAGGGAGGGGGGGCGCCGGUUCGGUAGUGUGGAGCAGGGAGCUGGCUCCCCUAGGAUCUGGCUGGGGCAGCCCUUUGCCCUUCUCUCUGGACUUGGCUGAAGCCCCAGGGAAAAGGGGCCCCUCCGUAGAACAGAGCCUGUGGGUCUCGGGGCCCUCCCCACCGUUCGUAACUUGGAAAAGUAAGGCGUGCCCGUUCUGGGGUUCCCCUCUCAUCGGGCCCGUGUCUUCGAGCUGCCCCGGGGACCCUGGGGCGAAGCCUAAUGUGAUGGCCUGCUGGCCAGGCCCCCGCCUUCCCCCCCCCCCAGGGGACACCCAAGCCAGCCCAGGCUCCAGAGCCCGCUGGCUGGGUCUCACUCAGGGCUAGGCCCCAACCUCGAGUUCCCCCAACAGCGGGAGGCCCCAGGAAGGUGGGGAGUUGGAAGCGAGGCAGACAGGGAGGAAGAAGAUGGGACUCCCGUUCCAAAGAGCGAGUCCGGUCUCAUGGCAUUGGUCAUCUCGAAUGCAGCCCGAGCUUGCGGCUGCGGUCACCAGUCACACUACAUGCCCUGCGGAGCCAGGCGCCGCCCAAGUGCAAGCUGGCCGGGAGGAAUAAAAGCUCACAUGUCAAUCUCUGGCUGUCCUCGCGGAGUUUGUCACCCUGAGAGGCUCGAGUCUUUCCGAUGCUUUUCACCUCGGGGUUCCUAGCUCGCCCAGCCCAGUGUCAGACCCGCCGCCCUGCCCCGCCCUCAACAAGUCCUCCGGGGCCCUUGUUCCCCCUGCCGGCGGCUUUUUGUGGGGUUUGGUGCUAUUGUAGAUGGUACCUUAAUUUCAUUUUCUUUCCUUUGGGUUGGGGGGGGCAGAAGGAGAGGAAGAGAAAAUCCCAAGCAGGGUCCAUGCCCGGCACGUGGGCCCAUCUCGAGGCUCCGUCUGCCAACCUUGAGAUCACGAGCUGAGCCCAAACCAGGAGUCCAGCAGGCGAGCCACUGAAGCCCUUCAUUUCGUCUUCUCCCUAACCACGGGACGGAGAGGGAGCCUGAUGUAAGGCUCGAUCCCCGCAACUGAGUUGUGUUCCGCAUUACUUAGGUUUGCUUAAAUUCAGUUAGUAGCUCCGGCAGGUGUUUGUUUCAUCGUUUGGUACCAAAAUCAAGGAAUGGACCAAACUCUAGGCAUUUCGGGGGUAAACAUCUUGGAAUAGUCUCCGUAUGCAGUCAUUUCUUCCAGAAAUAAAGGUACUUCUCGCCUCUUCUCCAA